CUGAGCAAAUCAGAGAGAGUAAGGUCACUUUUAAAACGUAUUUAUUUAGCUUUUGUUGUGAUAUAAUCUAAUAAAUUCUGUCUCGGGACUAUGUGGUGCAAUGAGGAAGUGGAAUACAUGGACACAUCAGACAUCCCAUGGUGCUGGUAUUACCUGGCAGACUGUGGAAGGUGGCACAAAUUUGAGGAUGAUCCCAAUAACCCCCUUCAGAGUGAGGAUAUUGAAAAAUAUUACCUAAGAAACUCAAAAGGAGUCUUAAAUACAUCUUCAUCUGACUGUCACAGCAAGAUCGAUUUCUUGGAAAUGUUACAGACAGACAUCCCCACAGGAAGGCAAAGACGAAUCCAACGAAGCUACAACAUUGAGAGAAGUUGUUCCUGUUACACUGCUGCUCCUGUGUUCUGGGAGAUGGUUGAUCCUACAUUUCCAUAUCAGUUAAUCCCUUUGAAUGACCUCACCCCUGAGUACAACACUGUGGCAGGUUAUGUUAGGGAAGAUGGGCUUUUGGACAGAUCCAUCGUAUCAAUCAGCAGGAUACAGAAUUUGGACCUCUGGGAAAUGUAUUGUUGCAAAAAGAAACAGUUAAUGAGGAUUCAAGGUGUCAAAGAAAUUCAAGAGCGGAGACUCUUUCAUGGGACGGAUAUCAAAAAUGUCGACAGCAUUUGCAAGUAUAACUUUGAUGUACGGCUAGCUGGACAACAUGGCAACGUAUAUGGCAAAGGAGUAUAUUUUGCAAAACAUGCAACAUAUGCAGAUAAAUACAGCAAGAGCAGCACGGAUCCAUUGCCACUGUAUGUCGGAGGAACUGGAAGUGUACUCAGAGACACUAAAAUAGUAUUUUUGGCUCGGGUGAUGAUCGGAAAAUCAAUUGUUGGACAAUCUGAUUUCCGAAAACCUGAUGAUCGAAGUCCUGAAAACUCUCACGACAGCUGUGUGGAUGUUAAAAAGCAUCCAAAUAUUUUUGUUAUUUUUGAUUCAAAUCAAAUAUAUCCUGAGUAUUUGAUUCAGUACAGAUGAAGUCAGGACAGGAUCAUGAGGAUCUGUGCAAUACCAACAUGUUUACCUCAGUCUGGUUGAAAAUUUUACCAGCAACUCCUGAUGGAAGAAGUUUUUGCUGCAUUUUUACUGGUUAAAAAUAAAACCAUUAUAUCGGAGAAGAUUUUUAAAAACAAUGAAUGACGUACAUUUCACUAUUUUAAAAAAGGAAGUAGUGCUACAAAUGUUACUAGUACUGUUUUUAAUGCAUUAUGAUCAGCUAACUUUUCUACAUUUGUUUACAAGAUUUAAGAUCUUAUCAAGCACAUUUAUAUUUACUCUCAAAACAGAAGAAUUCAAUAAAUUAGU